AUGUCGCACUUAUCUACGUCUUUACUUGUUGCCAUCGCCAGCGCAGUUUUCUAUGUCAUCUUCAGAGCCUACAAUGCCCGCAAGUUCAUGUAUCGUCUGCGCAAAAUGCGUUUGCCAAUGCCUCCGCUCAACCCAAUCGCCGGCCACAUGCUCAUUAUUAAGGAUACUAUGGCAAAACUACCACCAGAUGUCGUGAUCCAUCACACUGUUGCUAAGAUGGCUUUUGAAACAAUGAAGACCGAGGCAUUCUAUCUUGACUUUUGGCCGAUUAGCAAUCCGGUGCUCGUCGUCACGACCCCAGACAUGGCGUCACAAAUUGCCCAGCCAUCUUAUUUGGAGAAACCUCCUGUUCUCGUAGAUGCCCUCGCAAACGUUACCGGUGGUCCGAAUCUCCUCGCCAUGUCCGAAGCAGCAUGGAAGCGUUGGCGGCCUAUCUUCAAUCCCGGUUUCAGCUCAAGCUCUAUACUACAGCAAACGUCAAGGAUCGUCAAUGAGUGCCGUAUGUUCUGCAGGAGAAUGAGUAACCAUGCGCGCGAUGGUCAGAUAUUUUGCUUGGAAAAGGAUACAAUGAAGUUAACUCUGGACAUAAUCAGCGUAGUGACCUUGGACACUCACUUUCCAAAUUCGUCGAUCACAGACAGAUUUCGCGAGCUCAUCCAAUGGACCUCUAUAAACACCGAGUUCAAUCCAUUGAAACGCUGGAACCCUCUCCGCCCGUUAAAGAUCUGGUACAACGGACGCAAGAUUAAUAACUACAUCACGGCAGAGCUGGAGAAGUGCUUCCGCGAGCGACGGAAAUCGCGGAGCUUGAAACAUAAAGCUGAAAAUGUCAAAUCCAUCGUUAACCUCGCAUUGGACGCGUACAUGGAAGAGUCAAAGCUUCUCAAUAUCCCUGAUGACACCGAGUCUCUCGACGACACAUUUAAGCGCUACGCGUGCGCGCAAAUCCGGCUCUUUCUCUUUGCUGGCCACGACACAACCGCUGGCACUAUGACCUACGUCUACCACCUGCUCACCAAAAACCCCGACUGCCUAGCUCGCCUCCGCGCUGAGCAUGACCGGGUUUUUGGCUCAGGAACAGAUGCUGACGACGUUGGCGAUCUUUUGUCUAACAGCCCCGCACUUCUCAACCAGCUUCCUUACACAACCGCAUGUAUCAAAGAAACACUCCGUCUGUAUCCUCCAGCGGGGAGUAUGCGGGUAGGUGCUCCUAACAUGAUCUUAGUUGGCAAGGACGGGACCCGCUACCCAACUGGAGGCUGCAACGUGUGGAACGUCCACCAUGCAAUUCACCUCAACCCUGAUACUUGGCCUUCUCCAAACCAAUUUAUCCCGGAUCGCUGGCUUGCCGCAGACGGCGACCCGAUGCAUCCGGUAAAAGGUGCAUGGCGGCCCUUUGAGUUCGGGCCUCGCAACUGUAUCGGCCAGACGUUGGCAUUGGCCGAACUGAAAACCGUGCUGGCAAUGAGCAUUCGCCAGUUUGAUAUCCAGCCUGCAUACGACGAAUGGGAUCGUCUAUAUCCGACCCGGGGUGAACGGAUUAACACUGUGUUGGGCGAGCGGGCGUACCAGGUUGAGAGUGGUGCUGGCGGCGGUCAUGCGGCAAACGGAUAUCCUUGUCGCAUUAGAGUAGCCCGAGGCUAUAGUAAAGAGGGAGAACGAUGA